CUGGAGCUCUGCAACAGGAGACUCCAUCCUCGCCGAUAUAUUCACGUCUUUGAAAUAGCGGUAAAGGGGUGAUCUGAAAUCAGGGAAACAGAGGAGAGAAGAAAAGGAAUAUAUUAGUACACCUUAUGGGCAGGAGUCCGUGUUGUGCAAAGGAAGGAGUGAAUAGAGGAGCUUGGUCCAAUAAUGAAGACCGAAUCCUCACCGACUACAUCGCCCUCCAUGGAGAAGGCAAAUGGAGGAAAGUUGCUCAGAAUACAGGUCUAAAUAGAUGCUUCAAGAGUUGCAGGCUCAGAUGGGUAAAUUACUUGAAACCAGGCAUUAAGAGAGGUACCAUCUCCCCUGAUGAGGAAGAUCUCAUUAUCAGGCUUCAUCGUCUUCUGGGUAAUAGGUGGGCUUUGAUAGCUGCUAGGCUUCCGGGACGAACCGACAAUGAAAUAAAGAACUAUUGGAAAACCAUUUUGGUCAAAAAGCUUCAGGCUGCAAGGCCGCAUGACAAGCACAAUCUCAACUGUGAAGAAAAGGUAUUUGCCAGUGAUGGACUAGUCUUGAAUCAACAGGUGAAUUCCCACCAUAAAGUCCUUGGCUCCACGGAGUUCUCCACGUCAAAUGAACUAGACAAGGACUUGGAGAAAAUAAUCAACACUGGCGCAAAGAAUAGUGACACCGAUAACCUAAUUUCUUUUCGAGUAGAGGACGGAGAUGACAAUGAUAUGAACUUCUUGAAUGAUGGCGAUGAAGAUUUUAUUUUCGGUGUUUCAGACUCGAGUUUGCCAUCGGAUCAUGAGAAGAUGGAGAUGGAAGAGGAGAAAGAUUUAACUGGUGUGAAUAAUGGGAGCUUUCCUUGUUUAGAGGUCUGUGCUUCUUCAUGUUCAAGAGAUGAAGACAGGAUCGAAACUCAGAUGUCGAAUAAUUACGAUUCUUGUGAUCAGCCCUCUUUACACAUGGAGUUGAAGAAGUUGGCUCGUUUUCUAGAAUUGGAAGAUGAGUUUUCUUAAAGCUGAUGUCAAGCAUUAAUUGGUGCUUUGCUGGGCUAGUUAUUUAAU